AUGACAGAAUCAACACUUCUCAACUCUUUGAUGUCAGAUUCACAACAUAAAAUCUUUUAUCGCCAACAUCAUGAUAUAACUUACGCUCAAAAUAUCAAAGUAUUACUUUCACGUAAAUAUGAAGCACUCUCUGUUUUUGGCAUUCCACUAGCAUUGGAGCCUAAUAUUAUACCUUAUAUUACUACAAAAUUAGAGAGUGAUUCAUUCUCUUACCUUUAUGAAGGCAAUGAAUAUGGUUCGAUAGCACUAAGACCUAGCGGUUUUAUUGUCAGAACGGAAACGGAACAGAGACCAUAUACGAUACUCGGCGCACUUGGUUUAUUUGGUGGUGCGUGGAAUCUAGCUAUCGUAGUAUACGUCUUUUUAUUCGGCACACGCUCUCUGCAUCCGUGGGGCUUUGUCCAAACGUAUUGUUGUUGCUUGGCAAAACAAACUCUUUCAAAAUUUCGUGAAACGUUCCCGAUUAUGCCUUUAAAUUCAGACCCGGAAGCUUUAUCAAGUAAAUUAUCGUUUCCAGAUUCAGAAACUUUAUCAGUUAAUUUAACAUCCCAGGUCAUGACGCUACAAAAACGUUUGAACACUAUGGAGUCAUUUCUUAGAGAAUACGUAGUCGACAUAUCAGAUGUCCAGGACGAUUACAGUCACAAAUCGCCUGACGUUCAUUUGCAUAAUAGUGUGGCGUCUUUACAACUUAAUCAACAAGACACAACCGAAUCUCAAAGUUCAACUGUUAGUUCAGCAUGA